AUGUCAUACGAGGAGCAAAAAGAAGACGAGCUGAGCCAUUACCACCUCUGGGCCCCCUUGGUCGAGUCCUACAUAGCCUGCAAACUAACCUUCGAAAGCGACAAACUCAUUGCCUGCUCUAGUAGGGUCAAGAUGGUCCCAGCACGUAUCAACGAUGAAUAUGUCGCCGGCAUGUGUCGCAAGUAUCUCGAACUCGAGAGUUACUUUGGCAACCCAUCUUCCCCCAUUCUUCCUGACCAAGAUCUGGCCUCCUCCCAACUAACAAGAGAAGAAGCCAUCUCCCAAGUACCGCGACUCCCUCCUCUACACACGACUCCCUCUUGCACAGUCGACUCCGUCUCCCUCACCUACGCCAGGUCCAACCUCACAGGCGACAUCCCUACCGGAGGCCGCCACCAUCUCCGCGACAUCCUCAUGCCCGCCAAGCUCAUUCACACAGCCCACGCACAGCCAGAAGUCCACUGGAGGGUUAUCAUUGUGAAGGCAUCGAGCUCGAGUGGCGCCUAG